AACUAUUUUUGCAAAAUGUCGUGCGAAGUGACUGUCCAUGAUCUUCCAGAUGAGAUGCUGGAAAAAAUCCUGCUCUAUCUGAGAGCUGAAGAUCGCAAAUCGGCACUGCGCGUCUGCAAACGCUGGUCUGCGCUGAAGCCGUUCGACUUGGCAUCGGUCGAGCUGAUAAUUGACUCUGAUCGAUUCUACGAGAAGGAUUACCAUGAGUAUCAUCGAGCCUUGCUUGCCAGCAGUCGGCGGUACAAGCACGUGGUGGUUUACAUCAGUAGCUAUUUUAACAAGUACGACCUGUUAUUGGAGGUCCUGAGUUCUUUCUGCCUGAGUGUGGAAUCACUGAAGCUCAAUUUCGAACCGCUUUUGAAAGGCGUUUUUAAUAACGACAAUCAUUGGUGGAAGGUUAAAUUGAUGCAUUUUGCUAAAAUCGCAGAGCUGUCAUCCAAGCUGAAGCACCUUCAAAUAGAUGAAGGCAUUUUUGAAUCCGAGCAGGGCGACUUGAAAUUCUCCCCGAUGAAUAACCUAGAGGAACUAUACCUAAAGAACAACUUGCUGACUUUGAUUCCGAACAUGCGGGAUAUUACGCCGAACAUCACCAGAUUACACGUGCUGAUCAAAUCGGAAGAAUCGCUAAAUUUCCUACAACAUGUUAGCUCACAAUUGGUGGAACUCGAAAUUUGGUUUCUGCUGAAGGAUGACUUCCUGUUGGUUUGCACGAUGGAGUUUCCGAGGCUGGAGAAGCUCACCAUUUCCUGCAUUGAAGAGGAGUUUGACGCUGUCCAACAAUUUUGUAGACUGAACAACGGAAGCUUCUUAUUUGAUCAUGUCGGCAAUCUGUGCCUAUUGCAAUCGUUCGAAAACAUACAGUUUCUUUGCCUUGGCUGUGCCGAGGAAUUAUCUCUUGAUGCAAACGACUUUCGGGCAAUUUGUAAGCUGAAACAUUUGAAGCGCUUGCGGAUCGAGAACGCUAUCGUUAGUGUUCCAACUGUUUUUAAUUUCCCACCGCUCAAGAAUCUCCACAUGCUGUCAUUGGACGGAGUGAGGAUCACCGAUUAUUUCGAGUUUAAUCGCUUUCGUCAGUAUAUCUUCCCUAGCCUAGCCGUCUUUGAGAUGUUGGAGCUGUAUGACUUUGACGUUGAAGAUCGUUUCGAACUGUACGACAACAUAUGCAGUACCAUGCCUUUUAUGAAGCGACUAGCGAUUAGCCAAUACAAAAGCAACCUAGUGCUAGGUCCGUUUCUUGAAUUUUGCGCCUCUCCAGGAUCCCGGGAGCUAAGGAUCAGAUGUAGGGACGUGUUGGGUAUUUAUCCGCUGAAGGAUCUCCCGCAUAUUCCGGUGGAAACAUUGAUCAUGGAGGUGUCGACCAUUUCGCUGAGGUCGCUGCGAAAAUUGAUCAAGGCCAUGGGCGAGUUGAAACGGUUGGAGCUGGCUUUUUGCCCAUUAACGGGUACCAUGCAACCAGAGGAGAUCCGAAGCCUGCGAGUCGCUUUCCCGCGAUGCGAGGUGAUCGUAAAACAAAGGGUCCAAAUCGUGGAGCCACUGUGAGUGAGGUUAUAGGUCCAUCCACCGCAAUUUCUCGGCUGUCUUCUAACUAAUUGAGCUGAUUUCCUGUAGGUGACAAGAUUAUGGUUGACUCUAUAAUCACAUACAAAAAAUAAUAGCUCAAUUGGAAGGAGGACAGUUGAGAAAUUGCAGUUUGUGGACGACACCUAACCUGAAUGCUCUCCGAGAUUUAGAGAGAGAUAGUUUUAGAAUCGAUUCUCAGGCAUUUGAUUCUAAAAGUGUUUUUUUCUUUGGUUUUAUUUUCUCACUGUGUUGGAAGU